CAGAGGUUCCACAGAGAGCAGGCACUGAUACGCAAACAGUCGAAAUUAUACAACACAUGCUGACACUUCGUAGCGUCCUGGAGCAUCAAUCUUUUGCAUCAUAUUGUGGCUUCUGCUUGAAUCAGUGUCUCCAUGUCAUCGCCGUGCCUCAGCAGCGUCCUGACUCAUGCCAACCUCACUAUGUAUCAGACUGGCGUCACUGAUCUUCUACAGCAGCAGCCAAGUGUGCUGCCCGGCAUCAACACCCUGCAGAUCAGCAACCCAGCAUACAGCUCCAACAGCAACAUUCAGUGGUACAGGCUGAGUAACCCUCACUGUUGGACACCAGACAAUGUCCUGGAGUGGAUCAGCGACCAUGUGGAGAGCACCAAGUUCGAUGCAAGCACCCUGAGUCUGGCCUACUGUGCCAUGGACGGCCCCUCCCUCUGCCAGAUGAACCGAAAUCAGAUGAUUGAGGUCUUCGGCCCUCAGCUCGGUCCACACCUCCACCAGAGUCUGCAGGAACACAAGACCAAAUAUGAGCUGCAAAGCCUGUCAGGACCAGAGCUGAAUGAGACCUGCCAGCUCCUGGACAACUUCCUGGACAACCUGAACUUCCCUUUGCUCAGCACCAUUAGAAUUGGACAAGCUGAAGCAGCUGUCAGCAAGAGGGACUUUGACAACAGGGAUGAUUAUGAUGUGACCAGUCUGACCAUGGAGCCCAUGACACCUCUGGGAGACACUGAGUACCUGUCUGAUAAUCAGUCUGACAGCGAGUACAGCUCCUCCUCCAACAGUGGCAUGUUUGGCUUCUCAAGCCUCAGCUCUCCAGACUCCAGCGAAUCCGACCCGGAGUUCUCCUACCCUCUGAUUGCAAGGGUGGACAUCAAAACAGAGAAAGGAGAGUGUCGAGUGAAGCGACCACGGGGGCGACCUCCUAAACUCAACAGAGAGCACAGCAGCAGCAUCUAUGACAAUCCAAAGAAAAACAAACAUGCGCCUCGUGGCACUCACCUAUGGGAGUUCAUCAGGGACAUUCUGAUACACCCAGAGAGGAACCAAGGACUCAUGAAGUGGGAGGACCGCCGCGAGGGUGUCUUUAAGUUCCUCAAGUCCGAAGCUGUGGCUCAGAUGUGGGGUCAGAAGAAGAAGAACAGCAGCAUGACAUACGAGAAACUCAGCCGUGCCAUGAGGUAUUACUAUAAGAGGGAGAUCCUGGAGCGAGUCGAUGGCCGGAGGCUCGUAUACAAAUUUGGAAAGAAUUCCAGCGGCUGGAAGAUUGAGGAGAUUGGCAUGAGCAUAUGAGGCACCAGUCACUGAGGGGGUAAAAACCAAAAAGCCAGAGCAUAUCAGAGCAUAGUUCAGGAACUAGUAAUACUUGUGUGGCCUGUCUGAAAAAAAAUCUUGCUGCCCCAGAUGUUUAAAAUACUAACUUCCUCUUAGAAGGAAGGUGUUGCAGAAAAUGUAAGCCAGUGUUUUUGGCUCUAGUAGGUUUUAUGAACCAAUGUUAAUGUUGUACCUGUUUUGUAUGCUUGAUUGUCACUAUAGAAACUUUACUAUGUGCGCAGUAACUAAAAUGGACAUCGUUUUGGAUGCUUGUGAGUUUCUGUAAGCACCUAGAGGCUAAAAAAGCACACUUUUUACAAUUGUACACAAUUCACCCUGGUGUGUAUUUAAGCUUCUGUAGUGAUGCUGGACUAACUCGUCACUAUUGAGUUUGUUUUGUUAUAUUGGCAAUAAUGACUUUUUAUUACAUACUGUGGCAAUGGAAAUAUUGUUUUUUUCUUACUUUCAUAUUAAAUUGCAAAUGUUAAAUCAGAUCUGAAUGUAGGACCAAGUUUGGAAAUGUCUUCUAAACUAAAUGUGAAGGACAAGGACAGAACAGGGUACAGUACAGAUGCUACAGUACUUCACAUUUUUAUAGUAAGGAUGUGCACUACAUGUCUAUUGGUAUCACUUAUUAUAAAGUGUGUUUACACGAUGUUUGAGUAAAAAUUAGUUUUGGAGUAACUAUAUCACAUCUUGUCACGUCGUGUAUAUCAUCACCUGUUUGUGUGAAUCAGUCAGAAAUCAGUUGCACAUUGUUUGUGUGAUUGUUUUAAUGUGAUUAAUCAAUUUUGCUGUCAUCCACUUUGGAUUGAUAAAUAUAUGUAAAUCUUGCAUUGA